CGCCUCCUCUUCUGAAGACUUAUAGAUGCCUUCAACGACAACACUACAACCACCAUUCGACACUAAUCACCACAGCACUUAUUCCAGCUUGAGUUCCCCUCAAAAGGUUUUGAGGAUAAGCCAAAGAUUAUCCCAAGAUAUUCUUGCUUCAGUGCGGAGAUUACCCAGCAAGUAAUAUACUAACCUCCACACCUUUGACGCCCACCAUGACCAACCGCACGCUGGAAGCUCGUUUCGAGCAUCUUGCUGUCAACGAUGAAAACGACCAGCCAAAGCGCCCAAGUCUUUACCAGAAACCAAAGAAGGGUUCCCUCUCAACCGCCAUGUCUCUCACAGGCCUUGCCUCCUCAAGUCGCCUCAGCACGGCCACCAACCGCGCCAAUCUCCUCAAGAUUGCUCUUCAAAACACUCAUCCCUCUACAACAAACACCACAAUCACCACGGUCAAGGUCCCUUCGCAAGCGGCCCAAGCACAAUGGCGCAAAUCACAAAUGCCUCCUCCACCCGUCCCUACCUCACCGCGCAAAGAUGGCGCCGGCGCAAUGUCUACCGUGCGCAAAUCCGGUGAAGCCUCCGCUGCCGCCGCCGCUGCCGCCCAGCGCCUCUCCAACCCACUCUACGAACAGCCCAACCUCCCACGAAACUUCCAUCUCGGAAUGUUCGAGAUCGGAAAACCCCUCGGCAAAGGCAAAUUCGGACGCGUGUAUCUUGCCAAAGAGCGUAGCUCGGGCUUCGUCUGCGCCCUCAAAGUCCUUCACAAGAGCGAACUGCAACAGGGUAAAGUGGAGAAGCAACUCCGUCGGGAGAUUGAAAUCCAGAGUAACCUCCGACACCCCAACAUUUUGAAGUUAUACGGCCACUUCCACGACAGCAAGCGAGUGUUUCUCAUCCUCGAGUUUGCCGGCAAGGGCGAGCUGUACAAGCACUUGCGCAAAGAAGUGCGCUUUCCCGAGUGGAAGGCCGCGCAGUAUAUUGCACAAAUGGCAGCUGCAUUGCUGUACUUGCACAGAAAACACGUCAUGCACAGAGACAUCAAGCCCGAGAAUAUCCUGGUCGGCAUCCACGGCGAGCUCAAAAUCGCUGAUUUCGGCUGGAGUGUGCAUGCGCCCAACAACCGACGCAAAACCAUGUGCGGCACGCUCGAUUAUCUGCCCCCGGAGAUGAUCAAGCCCGGCAGCGCAGACAACUUUUACAGUGAAAAAGUCGACCUGUGGAGCUUGGGCGUCCUCACGUACGAGUUUCUCGUCGGAGAAGCGCCCUUUGAGGACACCCCUGUCAUGACGCAGCGCCGUAUUGCGCGCGGUGAAAUGACCAUUCCGUCAUUUGUUAGUCCCGAGGCCAGGGACUUGAUUAAGCGGCUCCUCGUGUUGGAUCCCCAGAAACGUAUCCCCCUAGAAGACGUCCAAGUCCAUCCCUGGAUUGUCAAAUACUGCGUCAAAGGCGAGCGCGCUACCCAGCGGAGCUCAGAUAGCAGCAAGCGCAGUGUGGAAAACAAACCGCGCACUUUGCCCACUGCCACCCAGGCUGCUGCUAAAUAAUCAUUUGCUCUUAUUGGCGCUAUCAAAGUUUCUUUUAUCAUUUUGCGACUUAUGGAUGAGUGUUUUUGGGUUGGAUUGGACUGGAGUGGGCUGGACUGGAGUUUUAUAGGACACGGAGUCUCGCAGGGUUAACACAAUGUUGCACGAAUUGGAUCUGGAUCCGUUUGCCGCUCUUUUUUAGGGGGGGAGUUUCCGUGGAGGAAACUUAAGAAGAAUGUGGAGAUUUUUCUAUUUGAUCCAUUGGCGCAAUGGCGCCGGGUGCCAGCGUUCUGAUUUUUGUUUCUUUACUUUUUUUUCUCCUCGGCCCGGAUGAUGCAGAAAUGCUAUGAUACAUAUGAUAAUAAUACAAGAGACU